GUCCGUUCGUCCCCGUCGCCCCGGCGCGGCCGUCAGUACAGAGGUGUCCGCGGGCGAGGCGGCACGUGCGGUGCACGCCUCGCUUCAUUGUUUUGGCUGUGUACACCAUUGUUUAAUUCUAUCCGACUGCAAUCAAUACGAUAUUUCAGUGAAAUACGACGGUCUGCAUUAUUCAUCAAGAUAGUGCUGAAGCGUGCAACGACAUUGAAUGCCUUAUCUUUACAGAUAAGUACAUGGUGGCUUAUUGACAAGUGAAACUCUCGAUCGUCCCAUUCAUAUAGGACGGUAUCGUUUGUGUGUUUGUUAUUGGACCAUAAAUAUUGUGUAGUGUAUUUCUGCUGCAAGGAUAGUAUGCAAAUCAAUAACCAAGUGGAUGCCCAACUGCGAGCAGCAAAGAGCUCUUGCCGUGCGGCUUACAACACGGUUGCAUAUUGAUUGGUCCAACCGGGAUCACUGGAAACUGUCAUCCCUUUACGAUCUCUACAAACAACGCACGAACUGAUACACGUAUAAGAAGUGAACGAGUCCGGAGAUUUGUAACUGCGGGCAUUCUAUUUUAUUUUAAAACGUUUCGCUGUACGCUCAUCAUGUUGCGACCAGACGAAAGUGUUAGAUAGUCAGCCGGCAGCAACGCAGUAUGGGUGCAAACAUGGGCAAGAACUCGAGCCUGCUCGACGCGCUGCCCUCCACCCAGGGCACACUCCACGUCGUCAUGCUCGGCCUGGACUCCGCCGGCAAAACCACGGCGCUCUACAGGCUCAAGUUCGACCAAUACCUAAACACCGUCCCCACUAUAGGCUUUAAUUGCGAGAAGGUCAAAGGCACAAUAGGAAAGUCGAAGGGAGUCAAUUUCCUCGUAUGGGAUGUCGGCGGACAGGAGAAGCUGCGGCCUCUAUGGAAAUCGUACACGCGAUGCACGGAUGGCAUAAUCUUCGUCUUAGAUUCCGUCGACAUUGAGAGAAUGGAGGAAGCUAAAAUGGAGCUGAUACGUACAGCCAAAUCACCAGACAACACAGGCGUUCCAAUAUUAGUACUCGCUAAUAAACAAGAUUUGCCAGGCGCGAAGGAGCCGCGAGAAUUAGAGAAGCUGUUAGGCUUACAUGAACUAGUUUCGUCGCCGCACGGCUCACGAGACGCACACUCGUGGCAUGUGCAGCCCGCUUGUGCUAUCACUGGCGAGGGACUGCACGAAGGUCUCGAAUCACUCUAUGAGAUGAUACUUAAGAGGAGAAAACUAGCCAAGCUACAAAAGAAGCGAGUUAGAUAAACGACUUGCACAAUCUAAAUGAUGACAAUUAGUCAAGAGAUGCGGAAGAGUCAAAUAAUGCUCACGGGAUGGAUAUUAGUAGUGUCCGAUCGAACACCAAAUAUUGUUUUAAUAUAGGUUUAUAUAACGUCUUAUGAAGAUAUUCCAUCAUAGUGUUGCUCAAAUUUACAUUUUGAAGGAAACGAAUAUUUUGAUAAAUUGUAACUAACCACUAGUCAUUUUCUUUUGAAAAUAGCUAGAGGAUAAAAUAUUACAAUAAUGUCAUUUAGUUAAAGAGAGAAAUAAGCGUUGAAGUAUUAUAAUUGAUACGCUAUAUGGUAGGCGUCCACAGAUCGCAUUGUACGUAUCGGACAAAUCAUAGGGUUCUUUGUGUAGAAAGAUGAAGAUAUGUGGACGCCUGCCUUUAGUCAACUUCUUACAAUACUCGGGAACCAAGAACCAUGAACUUCGCAAAACAGUAAUAGAUACUGUUAAAGCUAUGCUAAAUGGAGUCUUCUUUUACGACACAUUAAUAUUUGCAUGAAUAGCCAAAUACCAAAGUAAGUCUUUUUAUUCAAUCUUACAUUCGAGUAUUUAUAAAUAAUUUUCCAACUUCGUUUGUACUACUUUAUAAUAUGAAAUAUUUAAACCAUCAUAGUCUGGAAUGUAUAUGUAAUUCAUUCUAAAUUGAACAUAUUCGACUGUUAAAUUAUUUAUCUAACCAUGUCUUCUUGUAUAUAUCACACUGUAAAUAUAUUUUAGUACUUGUAAUUAACUACAUGAAAAAAAUCUUCUUAUUUCGGAUUUACGGCGACCGUCUUUUUGGUAACUAAUGGAAAGAUGUCCUUUAAAUAUUACGAAUAUUCUUCAUAAAUAAAAUGGAGAAGAUAAAAUAUACAAACGAAAAUAUCACGACAUACAUACAUUAUCGUUUCAUGAUUAUUAAUAGCGAUAAAUUAAUUAGGUAUUUAUUUAUUUACUCGUAGGCAUAACUUAGUAUAAAUAUAACCAAUGUAUUGAUUUACUUAAGCUUUUACCAGAAUUUAUGUUACUCACCUUGUAAAUAUGUAAAUUCCAAAUAUGUAGUUAUUCGUCAAUACCAAGAUACCAAACAAUUAUAUAAGUAGGUAAAGUAUCUACUUUUUGUUAUUAUAUUUGUUUUUAAAAAAAUCAUUAACGCUAUUGUAAUAAUUGUAUUGUGUUUAAUGGUGAUACAUAAAUGUUAUUUUUAAAAAUCCCCGUAAUAAAGUCUGUUUUCAAUAUA